CGGGGCCGCCCGGUGGUGCCUCUCGGCCGCCGCCCGGGCCCUGCGCGCUGCCCCGGAGCGGCCCCCGGCUGCCAGACAUGACCGCCAUCAUCAAAGAGAUCGUCAGCAGGAACAAAAGGCGAUACCAGGAGGAUGGCUUCGACCUGGACCUGACCUAUAUUUAUCCAAACAUAAUUGCUAUGGGCUUUCCUGCAGAGAGGCUUGAAGGAGUGUACAGGAACAACAUUGAUGAUGUAGUAAGGUUUUUGGAUUCAAAGCAUAAAAACCAUUACAAGAUAUACAAUCUAUGUGCUGAAAGACAUUAUGACACCGCCAAAUUUAACUGCAGAGUUGCACAGUACCCUUUUGAAGACCAUAACCCACCACAGCUGGAGCUCAUCAAACCUUUUUGUGAAGACCUUGACCAGUGGCUGAGUGAAGAUGACAAUCAUGUUGCAGCAAUCCACUGUAAAGCUGGAAAGGGACGAACUGGUGUAAUGAUUUGUGCAUAUUUGUUGCAUCGAGGCAAGUUUUUAAAGGCUCAAGAAGCCCUAGAUUUCUAUGGGGAAGUAAGGACCAGAGACAAGAAGGGAGUGACAAUUCCCAGUCAGAGACGCUACGUGUACUACUAUAGCUACCUGUUAAAGAAUCACCUGGAUUACAGACCAGUGGCACUGCUGUUCCACAAGAUGAUGUUUGAAACAAUUCCCAUGUUCAGCAGCGGAACUUGCAAUCCUCAGUUUGUGGUGUACCAGCUCAAGGUAAAGAUAUUCACCUCCCCUUCAGGACCCUCGAGACGUGAAGACAAGUACAUGUACUUUGAAUUCCCUCAACCUCUGCCGGUAUGCGGUGAUAUCAAAGUGGAAUUCUUCCACAAACAGAACAAGAUGUUGAAAAAGGACAAAAUGUUUCACUUUUGGGUAAAUACAUUCUUCAUAGGACUGGAUGAAAAUUCAGACAAAGUAGAAAAUGGAAGUCUAGUUGCAGAUCAGGAACUUGAUGGUAUUUUCAGUACAGAGCGCUCAGAUAAUGAUAAGGAAUAUUUAAUCCUUACAUUAACAAAAAACGAUCUAGACAAAGCAAAUAAAGACAAAGCCAACAGAUAUUUCUCUCCAAACUUCAAGGUGAAGCUAUUUUUCACAAAAACAGUAGAAGAGCCAUCAAACCCCGAGGCUAGCAGUUCAACUUCUGUAACACCAGAUGUUAGUGACAAUGAACCUGAUCAUUAUAGAUACUCUGACACCACUGACUCUGAUCCAGAGAAUGAACCUUUUGAUGAAGAUCAGCAUACGCAGAUUACAAAAGUCUGAAUAUUUUUUUUAUCGGAGAUAAAAAAAAAAAAAACAUACAAAAAAAAACCCCACCAACCAUGAAGAGAGACAAACUUGAAUAAACUGAAAAAAAAAAAAAAAAAAAAGGACCUUUCUAAAUGGCAAAAGGACAUAGUGUCAGAUUACCAGUUAUAGGAACAAUUCUUUCCUGACCAAUCUUGUUUUGCCCUAUGAAUCUACAGGGUUUGACACUUGUCCAGUCGGGGGGAAAAAAAGGAAGGUUACGUAGCUCUUAUAUGUAUAUACCUUUUUGUGUCAAAAGGACAUUAAAACUUCAAUUAGGAACUAUAAACAUGGCACUUUCCCAUUUUAUUCCAGUUUUAUAAAAGUGGAGACAGACCUAAUGUGUAUGCGUAGGAAUUUUUCCUUUUGUGUUCUGUCACCAAGCGAAGUUCCAAAACCGAAAACGACAACAGCGACGACAAAAAAAAAAUUUACAGGUUCACAUCCUGCCCCUUUUUUUGCACUCGUGUGGCAACAGAAAAGUCUGCAGUUGGCUAAGAGGUGUUUCUAGAAGGUUUUCCUACAUUCUAAUGCAUGUCUUUUGGCUGGGGGAUGGAAAGGAAUGCUCGGGAGGGAGCGUGGCCUCCGUCCCGUGUCCGGCUGUUCCAUGCACCUUUCCUUAGCAUGCUGCCCCAAUCCAUCCGGGACAAUGGAGGAGGAGCCGCCGCUGUCACUGCUUGUCCUUCGUGCAUUUUCAUUUUUUUCCUUUUUUCAGUGUAAUGGUGCUAGAAAAGGCAGCUAGAGGGGAGUGAUUCCGUGGUUCUGUACCGGGGGGACAGGAGUGAACCUUCCCCGCACCCGCGAGACCCCGCGCCAGGAAGGGAGACCAAUUCUUGGGGUCACACAAAAAAAUAUGAAAAAAAAAAGGAAACACAGCAACAAUGACUUAACCAUACAAAUGUGGAGGCUAUCAACGAAAAUAGGAGCUUGAAAACAAAUGGUUACAAAAUUUGACAAUGAUUUAUUGGGUUGUUUUCUUUUUUUUUUUUUUUUCCUGAAUUGUAAUGGCUGCUCCAUCUCCUGUGUAAUCAAGGCCAGUGCUAAAAGUCAGAUGCUCUUAGUGCAGACAUCAGUCAACAUCUUACAUUUAUAUUAGUAGUUUUUCAAUCAUAUUCCUGCUGUGAAUACUUCAUGUGCUGCCUUGCAAGCUUUUUUUUUUUUUCCUCAUGAAUAUAAAAAUAUUUUGUAAUGGUGCACAGGAAAUGUCAUUGGAGAUUCUCCAGGUUAGUGUUUGUUUUGAAGGUUUCUGAUGCAUUUAUUCAAUCAAACCUCUGUCAGCUGUUCCACCCCUUUGACCUUACACAUUCUAAUACAAUGAGUUUUGCAGUUUUGCACACUUUUAAAAAAGAAAAAAAAAAAAAAAGAAUUCAGUAACUGUUAGGGAAUUUUACUUGAAUGCUCAGUACCUACAACGUUUGAAAAGCAGACCUUACACACGAUAGAGAGGAAACCAGUGUUGCAGUAAAUUCUCAGUGCUGCAAAUGAAGAUUAAAAAGCAGAAGUUGUCCCAAAUAAAUUGCUUGCUAUGAAAAAAAAAACAGCAAAUUAGUUUUGUACACUAACUGACAGUGUUGUGUUAUCUGUCUGUAGGGAUAUUAGCCAAGGGUAGGGCUUGAGAUUCCCUUUUGGUGUGUAAUUGUCAUGCCCAGACUGCAGAUGACUUCAGAGUACGAGUGCUGUGGCAUCCAGAGGUGAAGCAGCUGCCCAAAUUGUCCCCUCUGAAGUACAUUGUGAAGAGCUGAGCCCAAAUGGAUGCUUUUUUUUAGUAUAUAACUCAUUCCCCCCCACCCCCCAUUAACUUACUGGUGCUGACAGUGAAGUUCAUGAGCUGUGCUCUCACCUGGAAUUAUGUAUGGAAUCUGUACAACAGCAUUAAUGGUUGGAAUUGGAACGAGACAAGGCAGGGCUUCCAGUAAUUACUGUUGGUAAACAAAGGUAUAAAGGGCUUUUCUUUUUGUUUUCUUGCCUGGUAUCAGUUGGUCAAUUUUGGCUCAUCAGACUCAUGAUUCUAACUUCUAACAAAGCUGGUAAAUACUUUCUGACUUAGAGGUUUAAUUAGGCUUUAAUAGCUUAAUGGAUCAAGAUUGCUGGUUCCAGCACUUGUCAUUCCCAGUGCUAUGAGGAGCAGGAGGUGGUUCCCUUGGGACAUGGAUAUUGAACUCUUACCCUUCCAAUCACGUUUCACCUUGUCCGGUUUAUAACAGUUGAAAGUUGUGUUGGCUUAAUAAACAAAAACUGUUGAUGCUUUAAAAGUAUUUGGAUAUUGACACUGCUGCGUGUCCCGCUUUGGAUAACAGAGGUGGGAUCAGUGUGGUUCCAGCCUGGAACGCUGAGGGAUCGGAAAUCAUGGCGCGAUGGGCUUUUGCACUGUUAUUUUUCCUUUGGAAUGUGAAGGUUGGAAUGAGGGUUUUGAUUUUUUUUUUUUUUUUUUUUUGAAUGUUUCGAUGUCUUUGAGAAGCCUUGCUUACAUUUUAUGGUGUAGUCAUUGGAAAUGGAAAAAUGGCAUUAUAUAUAUAUAUAUUAUAUAUAUAAAUAUAUAUUAUACAUACUCUCCUAUACUUUAUUUCAGUUACCACCCCCAUAGAAGUUGACAAGAAUUACUAUGACUGAAAGGUUUUUGAGUCCUUAUUAAAACUUUAUUUAUGACAGUAUUCAUAAUUAGCUUGAACUGCAUUCUGUAGGUAAUCUUUCCUUGAGUUUCUGGACUUGUACGCUCCGAUCUUUUUGGAUGUGCAACAGCUUACAUGUCUGAAACUACUUGAAGGCAUCACUUUGGUAAGAGCUUACUGUAAGGCCCUGAAAGCAUCCCCCUGCUCAUUGGCAGCCCCAGCUCCAAACCUUGGCCACAGCUGCUGCAGGGGCAGCUGCAGAACUCACACCCAGAUUUCCCCUCGUGGCACACGUCGUAAACCCAGGUGGAGUUUACACGCGGCAUCAUUCCAAAAAAAACCACAAACCAAAACCCACAAAAAACCCCCUUUGUAACGAUCAAAAAAACCCGGGAUGCUGGUGUGCAAGUUCCAUGUUUAGUCCUAGCAAAUGUGUGCAAUAUGUUAACGAUGCCUGUGGUUGCCACGAAGUGCCUCGUUUACCUUUGAAAUGCUGUUAGGAAGUGUCGUGCAUGCAGAUGGAUGGGGUGGGACUGUGCACUAAAAGGGGCUCCAACUGCAGCGUUUGGCAGAGCUGCCUUUCUCUGCCGGUUCAGAUUUCCAGUCUUGUUUUCAUAUAGCAUAUAUAUAUAUAGAUACUAAAAGAAAAACAAAAAAAAAAAAAUCAAGUCUGUUAAGCAGCCUUACUCUGAUUCAGCCUCUUCAAAUACUAUUGUGCUGUGCAACAGUGGCUCUGUGUGUAACUGAGAAUACACAAAAACCAAGUAUGACAUGUACAGGAUAAUGCCUCAUACAAAUCAGAUGUCCGUUUGUUAUUGUGUUUAACAACCCUUUAUCUCUUAGUGUUAAAACUCCACUUAAAACUGAUUAAAGUCUCAUUCUUGUCA